GACAGAUCAUGGCUUACCACAAGGGGAAGACUGCCGCCCUCUGCUAAAUCCCAACACCUCUGCUCUCUGUGUGUGCCGGGUUUGUGUUGUGCCGUCAAGGAUGCAUUUGAUGCCCAUCUGUAGAUUGCCUGCAGCGGUGAUCUUCUGUCUGAAGUCACUGCACUGAUUCCAGAGAAAAUAUCGACAGCAGUCAGAGUUUUCACACGGGGGUGGCUUCAUUCAUCAGCAAGAGUUGCAACGCUGGUUCUACUUCAAGGCCUACUGUCCUCUGUCAUCCCACACCCAUCGAGUCCAGGAUGGCCACUCCACUUCGGGAUGCCCCGCUGAUUGAGGACGAAGGGGAGCUCAGCAUCAACGUCGGGGGCUUGAAGAAGAAGCUGAGCCAUCGGACCUUGGCGAGGUUCCCAGAGACCAGGUUGGGCCGCCUGCUGAGGUGCUGCUCCGCCGAGUCCAUCCUCGAGCUGUGCGACGACUACGACGAGGAGGAGAAGGAGUUUUACUUCGACAGGAACCCCGCCCUCUUCCCCCUGGUGCUGAACUUCUACCACACCGGCAGACUCAGGACCACAGGCAAAGCGUGCAUCUUCAUGCAGGAGAUCGAAUACUGGGGCAUUGAGGAGUUCUUCAUCGACCCGCCCUGCUGCAGCCCCGACUAUCAGGGCCGGAACGCAGCGACCGAUCAGGAUGAGGGCGAGGAGACGGCCAGCGAUCGAGGCAGCACCACCUCAUCCUUUGACGAGGUCCUAACCUUCUACAAGGACGCCUCAAAGUACGACAGCCAGAUCUUCGGCAACUGCCGGAGGCGACUGUGGUUAAUGUUGGAAAACCCUGGUUACAACAUCGUAAGCAGGAUUUACAGUGUGCUGUCCAUAAUUAUGGUUUUGGGGUCCAUUGCCACCAUGUGUCUAAACAGUAUGGCUGAGUUCCAGCUGGUGGAUCAACAGGGGAACAACAGGGACGAUCCGCGGUUUGAGAUCGCGGAGCACUUCUGCAUAGCCUGGUUCACCUUCGAGCUUCUGGCCAGGUUGUUUGUCUCGCCCAGCCUGCUGCACUUCUUCAGGCACCCACUGAAUCUCAUUGACCUGAUGUCCAUCUUCCCCUUUUACUUGACGCUGCUGGUGAACCUGGCCGUCGAGAGCAGCCCUGCCCUGCCUAACCUCGGCCGGAUGGUGCAGGUCCUCAGGCUGAUGAGGAUCUUCCGCAUCCUGAAGCUGGCCCGCCAUUCCACGGGCCUGAGGUCACUGGGAGCCACCCUGAAGCACAGCUACAGGGAGGUGGGGCUGCUCCUUCUCUACCUGUCGGUCGGAGUGUCUGUCUUCUCCGUGGUGGCCUACACCAUCGAGAAGGAGGAAAACUCGGGGCUGACCACUAUCCCCUCCUGCUGGUGGUGGGCCACAGUCAGUAUGACCACAGUGGGAUAUGGCGACGUGGUCCCCAUCAGCAUUGGGGGUAAAUUAACAGCCUCUGCCUGCAUUCUGGCUGGGAUCUUGGUGGUGGUGCUCCCAAUCACACUCAUCUUCAACAAGUUCUCCCACUUCUACCGGCGCCAGAAGAACCUGGAAAAUGCCAUGAGGAGCUGCGAGUUCGACGAGGGUCUGACUGAGUUACCCUUGCUUAACCUUCGCGACUACUACGCAGACAGAAUGAAGUCACUGAUGGUCAGCCUGAACAACAUGAGCAGAGCUACCUCCACCGAGCACAGUAUGAAUGACUCAGUGCACUGAAUGCUGUCUGAACAAUAUAGCUCGUAAUCACAACCCCUUGUGGAUCUAAAACAAAAGCAUCCACCGACCAAAUUGUUUCAAGCCCAGCUAACUUACACAGUGAACAGUUUUCACAUCAUUCACCACACAAGCUAAUAAAAGCCUCCAUCUAUACUGCAGUUUUAGCGCAGUAAACAUUCCCAAGAUGAUUCCGAUGAAAAUUGCCUCUGAGCCAUACAAGGAGCAGGAGGGAUUUUUUUUUAGGAACACCUUAAAGGAGUAGAGAGAGAGAGAGAGAGAGAGAGAGAGAGAGAGAGAGAGAGAGGGAAUGAGGUUGAGGAGGAAAUUUCAGAGCCCAGGGCCCAGGUAGCUGAAGGCAUGGCUGCCAGUGGUGAAUGCAAGAAACCCACAGAUGAGCCUGUGUUGCAAAGACCUCGGGAGACAGGAGGAGGUUACGUUCCAAUGAGACAAUGGAUGUUUUGAACACAAGGGAGAGAAUUUUAAAUACUGGUCUUUUCUGGAACAGCAACCAAUGGUUCAACCUUAUUCUUAAACUGAUACUAACUUGCACUGGAACUAUUAAUUACUAGUCUAUUUACUUUUGAAAUCAUGUUUUCAUUAUAUUGUAUUUAAAUGCAUAAAGUUACAGGAGAUCAAAUCACAUGAGGCUGGAGAAACCAUUGCCCAGAGACUGAUAGAAUGUAUAAUUAGGAACAUAUUAAAACAUAAUUCAUUGUAAGAUAAAAAACAUUUUAUGUGCACUAAAGUGGUAAUAAUUAGAACUGUCCAGUCUAUAAAUUACACAGUUACAAUUGUGCAAGUUCCAAGUUCCUACGUGGCUUAUCCAUGUUAAAAGUCUGGCAAAAACCCUCCCUAGAAUGGAAAAUGACCAAGUAUAAAUCAUGCAGAUUUUCCUACCGGAGCCACAACACUGAAAGGGGACCUCACCCAACAUUUCAUUGGUCUCAAAACAUGAUUUGAUGCUUUGAGAAACAAAAGAAUGAAGUUUACGUGCA